AUGCAGCUGUUCACUCAUGUCCUUGCUCUUGCUGUGACUGGAGCUCCUUUCUUUGCUCAGGCAGCACCACUUGCAACUCGCUCUACCGAGGAUGUGAUUGCGGGACGAUACAUCGUUCAGCUUAUGCCAAACGUUGAUAUCGCAUCAAUUACUGCUCACCAUGAGAAGAUCCGCAGUAUCAGGCGUCGGGAUGGUCUCGACGUCGCCGCGAGUAUCGACCAGGAGUACGAUCUUGGAAACUUCAAAGGCUACGCUGGGUCAUUUGACCCGACCGUUAUCGCUGAAUUAGAAGCCAUGCCUGAAGUUCUCCUUGUUGAAAAGGACUUCAAGAUGUAUACCACGGCUCUCGUAACACAGACCAGCGCACCGUGGGGUCUUGGAAGCAUCUCCUCUAGGACUAGAGGAGCUACCAGUUAUGUAUAUGACUCGACUGCUGGUUCGGGCACUUACUCAUAUGUGCUGGAUAGUGGUAUACGCACUACUCACGUUGAGUUCGAAGGCCGCGCCUCAUGGGGUUAUAACGCAGUUAAUACUAACAAUGCUGACACCUCUGGCCAUGGCACUCACGUAGCUGGCGUUAUUGGAGCAAAGACCUACGGCGUUGCCAAGAAGACAAAUCUCAUCGCUGUCAAAGUCAUAAGCGAAGAUGGGACCGCAGCGGCCUCCGAUGUACUGAGCGGUCUGAACUGGGCACUGAAUGACAUCGUUACCAAAGAUCGACGGGCAUCAGCUGUAAUCAACUUGUCGCUCGGUGGUCCGGCAUCUUCAGCCAUGGACAACGCCAUUACAUCACUAUCAAACCAAGGCGUGUUGGCCGUCGUCGCUGCCGGCAACGAAAAUCAGUUGGCCGCAAACGUUUCGCCAGCUCGUGCUCCCGCGGCUUUUUGCGUUGGAAGCGUUCAGUCAAAUGAUGCUCGUUCAUCAUUUUCGAAUUACGGGUCUGCCGUAGACAUUUGGGCUCCUGGUAGUGACAUUCUGUCUACCUGGCACACCUCCGAUACAGCCACGUCAACACAGAGUGGUACUUCGGCGUCUGCACCAUUUGUGGCUGGACUAGUGUCUUAUAUUCGUGGUCUUGAAGGAUUGUCUAUUGGUCCGGCAGCCAGGGCGAGAGUUCUGGCAUUGGCUACACCAGGUCGCCUUACGGACGUAACAGGCGCACCUAACCUACUGGCAUACAACGGAAAUGGACGCUAG